AUUCAUGUUCAAUCAGGACCCAUUCAAUUCUUUCUUUUGAACUUUCAUCUGGCGACUGUUAUGGAGAGAAGCAUGGGGUACAUCUUGGUUUCUGUUACAUCUGAUACAUUUUUGACAGUUUGAAAUCCCUUCCCCCGGUUAUGUUUGCAGUUGAUUUCAUCCUUGAUAUUAAGUUUGCAAUUGGAGUCCCGUGUAUGUUCGUCCUCUUUCCUCAGUUUUGUUGAAGGAGGCUUCUGAUCAGUUGUUAGGGUCACUAGAAAACAUCCAGUUAAUUCUUAUGGCAAGUCGUGCCAUUUCAAGAUGGAAAAUCCCUUACUUGUCUGCCAUAUUUGUUCGCAACAUCAUGAGAACUCCGACGCAAGAGUCUUUUUUGCCCAGUAGAUCGAUGAUUCCACAAGUAGAAUGCAGUUCAGAUAAAACGAUGUGGAUUUUGAAGCAAUAUCACGAUGGAAGGCCAAGAGGACCCCUUUGGAGAGGAAAGAAGCUUAUAGGCAAAGAAGCACUUUUUGUAGUAUUGGGUUUGAAGAGGUUUAAGAAUGAUGAGGAGAAGCUUCAAAAGUUCAUAAAGUCUCACGUGUUGAGGCUUUUGAAGAUGGACAUGAUUGCCGUUCUCAGUGAGUUGGAGCGCCAGGAAGAAGUUUCUUUGGCUGUCAUGAUGUUUAAGGUGAUACAAAAACAAGAUUGGUACAAGCCUGAUGUAUUCUUGUACAAGGACUUGAUUAUUGCAUUAGCGAGGUCACAGAAGAUGGAUGAAGUAAUGCAAUUGUGGGAAAGCAUGAAAAAGGAGAACCAGUUCCCUGAUUCUCAGACAUAUACUGAAGUUAUUAGGGGUUUCUUGAAGUAUGGAUCUCCUGCAGAUGCAAUGAACGUAUAUGAACACAUGAAGAAUUCUCCAGAUCCACCAGAGGAGUUGCCAUUCAGAAUUUUGUUGAAAGGACUCCUUCCGUAUCCGCUUUUGAGAAAUAAAGUGAAACAAGAUUUUGAAGAGAUCUUUCCUGAUCAGAACAUUUAUGACCCACCUGAAGAGAUAUUUGGGGUGCGCUGAGGUGUGGACUUUUUUCCUUCCCUUCCCUGCCCCUCUUCUAUACUGUGUUGAAACAGAAGAUGAUAUUGAUUUUGAGCUGAGAAUAGAGGUGCUCUGGCAGAAUCUUCGCUUCACUUAGGUUAGUAAUUCUGCCUUCUGCUACUUAUCUGUUACCGUUGGGCCUUUCUGUUGGACACGGCAGUGUAACAAAUUCACAGCCAUGGCUUCUUCUGGCUUACAUAGUCAUAUUUUAACAAAAUCUUUUCAUAUACAGCAGAAUUUGAAUGAGAAAUCUCUCUCCUUAUUCAUUGAUGAUGAGAUCUGUAUAUAAAUACUAGCAAGAGAGAUGCUGAGCUAAAUCUUGGCUUGAGACUCGGAAGCCAACAUCUAUUAAUUUGAGGAUGUCAUUAUCCCACUUGUUUUCAUAGACAUCUUAGUGUUUGAGUUUUGGUAUGGAUGCACAGAUUGUUCGAGUAUAAAUUUUUUGUUGGCGACUCGUAAAUAUUUACUUUUUAAUAGGAGUAAAAUUUACUAUGAGUUGAUGGAUUAA